AUAUGUGUUGAUAUCUGUUAUAAUUAAGAAUUAUCGUCAAAAUCAAAUAAUGUCAAGAAAAAAGAAUAGUAAAAAUAUUAAAGAAUUAGAAGAUGAAAUUCCAUCUAAUGCAGAUGUUAAAAUAACCUCUAAAACUUCCACGGCUAAAUCGAAAAAAUCGAAAGGUAAAUCAAAAAAAGACAGUGGUUGGGGUGACAGUGAUGAAGAAAUAUCCCAUAAAAAGAUCACUGAAAAAUCAAAACCAGAGGAAGAAGCGUCUGUUGAUAAAUCAAAAACAAGUGGUAACAAAGCCCCCAAUAAAUCUAAAAAGAAUAAGAAAUCCAAAAAAAAUGACGAUUGGUCUGAUGACGAAGCUGAACAAGAAUUUAAGUUGCCAUCAGAUGAUGAGGCACCCGUGAUUGCUAAACCAGUACUUAAGAAAAAAGGAAAAAAUAAGAAAAUUGAAGAUGAUUUAUCAGAUCCAAAAGAAGAUUCUGAAGAUUUAUCGGACAUUGAUGAACAAUUGCCCACAGAUUUGGCAGGUGAUAAUAUUUCAAGUUUAAACACUGUUAUUAGCAAUAUGUUUCUACAUUACUACUGA